UUUUUAUUGGAGAGCUAGUUAGCAUCUCAAGCUAAAAUAAUAUCCAACCUAUUAAUAUCUUAGUACUAGGCCUAGAACCAGUACUAGAACCAGCUGCGCUCCCUCCCUGGUGAUUUACUCCAGAUUCCCAGUCUUCAUAAACUGGGGCUGGAUGGGAACCAGUGGGAAUCCUUAAAUCCCAGAGGAGUUGAAAAAGAGGCUUCAUGAAUGCAGGGAGCGAAAUAGGAUGUGAAAAUGUCUGCAAUCAGAUUUGCAGUUAUGCACCUGCACAUCUUCGAAAGGCAGAAGUAGAGCCUUCUGCACAAACAACAAGAAUGCAGCAAGCAAUUUCAGGACGGCAAGUCAACAACAAAACACCUGUCUUUUCCAGCAGCCAUUGUAUAGCGCAUACAGUGGUAAAACCAGCUGAUGCUAGGUGACAGGCUGGGCUUCACUGGGGUUGCGAGGUAGCAAUGCAGUCCCUGCUGAUUUGUGAUGUUACAUUCUGUUGGUUUUUGAAACCGCUCGUUUUCCAGACACCAAAAAACAGUUGGGUGUUUUUUAAAGACUUUUUCUGUUUUUAGAAGCAGUAGAAACCCAAAUGGAAGCACAAAAGGUACAAAGUUUGAAUUUGUACAUUUAAAGCAGGUCUAGGUGUCGUAAGAAGCUCUCAUCUUAAAAGUGAAAACUGCCAAGCCAAGGCAGCUGAACUGUGUUGUUAAUGUUGUUCUCAUCUACUAAGCAUCUGUUUCCUCUCCUGCAGCCGCUCCCCAGUGAUCCCAGUUGCCAUGCAACCUUUUACAACCCUCAAAGCAAACAGGAGUCCUCAGAGAAGCAGCCGAGUCUACCAGCAUAUCAGCCGCCAUCUUGGUCUGUGAGAGGACUGGGAGGCAGAGAUGAUUCUCCGCUGGAAUCUCCUGAUGUUGGCCUUACUGUUGAAGACCGGUCCGGUUCAUGGAUGCAUUUGUCCAGCAGCUACUGUCUUGUCCCAGUUUCCCUCGGAGGUUUCUGCUGAUGCCUGCUGCUUGAACUUCUCUGGGUCUGCCUUCAGUCACGUGAGCUGGUCUGUGUUUACCAAUGGCACCAACGUACAGACUUUGGAUCUCUCCAACUGCAACAUCAGCCUUAUUAAUGUCAGCGGAAAGCAGGCUUCUUCACUGCGGAGAGUUUUUCUUGAUGGGAACAAACUGAGAAAGUUGCCAGAGCACUUCCUGGCGGGCCAGCCCAGUCUGACCGAGCUGGACCUGAGUCAGAACCUACUCCAGGAGAUUCCCAACGGCUUCCUCCAGGACUCUGAUCGCCUCCAGAGCCUGGACCUGCAGGGGAACCAGCUGCGCUCCCUCCCUGGUGAUUUACUCCAGAUUCCCAGUCUUCAUAAACUGGGGCUGGAUGGGAACCAGUGGGAAUGCUCCUGUUUGUUCCUGGAAGGGCUGGAGGCCGGCAGGCAGGCCAACAGGACGGCCCGGCUGGAGGAUCUCGUGGGGAACCUGACGUGCUUCUUUCCUCGUCACCUCGCCGGCAGAACGGUGUGGUCCCUGAGCGUCAGCGACGUCUGUCGCCUGGCCGGCCUUACGGCGCUCUUCAUCGUCCUGCCUCUCCUCAUCCUUUCCGCCUUGCUGCUCUGCUGGUGCUGUGGGAGGAAGAGAGAAAAAAAGGAAACUCUCACUUUCAGCUCCUCCAGGAAGAGGCCCCCCACCUUUGGCUGCAGCAACAACAAACACCACAACAAGCAGCAGGAUCCCGGCGCCGAGCCGAGCAGAGCUGCCGACUGCAAGAAGGAGGGGAUCCUGAAGAACCAGCUGCUGCUCCGCCCAGCUUCGGGUCUCCUGGGCAGCACCAGGGACAUCUACGAGGAUGUGGAGAUCAAGCUGAGCUCAGCAGAGUCUCUUCCCGGCUCCUCGGACGGGAGGCAGGGCCCCCAGGAGCCCGACCGGGCCAGCAAGACGGAGCUGGACACGGUCAGCGUGACAGAAGUGAUGAAAGACUCUGCAGACAGAGAGAAGGUGUAUCUGACUCAGUCCACUGAGUACUACAGCCUGGUGCCGGGCAUCGAGCUGGAAGACUCGGACCACGGGGAAUAUGAGAACGUAAAUCUGUCAUGACACUGAGAAAUGGUGGAAGGUGAUCAACUGUGCUUCAACAAACAGGUUAGGAUUGGUCCAAACAUGUUCACUGCAUUUUUAAUUUUUUUUUACAAAAAUCAUUCUUAGAUAUUGAGAUUAUAGUCUGGUCAAGUCCACCAACCCAACAUUUACAUGUGAAGGUGGCUGCAAACAGAUAUGCAAUUAUACAACCGUACAGCUUUGAAAAGCAUUAAGUGCAGCCUCCUGCGUUACCAACAAAAAGGCAACAAGUGGUUUCUGGAUAGUAAGGCGCCAACAAAACACUUAUUUCAGCAGCCAUUGUACCUACAGCCAUAAAACCAGCAAACCGCCAUUUGGGUUGCUAGGUAGACAUGCCCUUCACUGAGGUUGCUAGGUUACGGUUUCCAAACAACACCAUGAAACAUCAUCAUGCUUGGUUAGCUGGUAGCGGCGCUACUGCGUCGCAUAAAUAAAGAAGAAGCUAACCUACCUUGAACUUCAAAUCAAUAACUGAAAUUUUUAAACAUGGAUAUAGUUGGAUGUAGCAACAGGAAAUUCAUCAUUUCAAGAAAAAUCCAGCUAACAACAAUGCUUUAGCAUUAGCAUUAGCUUAAAAAAUAGCUGUUCCAACAGAAACGCAACAGCAAAGACGUUGCUGUUCUAAUUUAGCGAAUACAAAUGUUGUAAACUCUGUAAUAAAGAUGGAUAAAAACAACAAUACAUGUUACUUAUUCCUGUUUAUGUACCAGCUAGCAUUAGCAGCCCAGCUAGCUGAGCUACAGGUAUUUAUAAAACUAUCAAAACAUCUGAGAACAUUUGCUUUAAAACUGUUUCUCACAGAAAACGUUUUCAGCACUCCUCAUUAUAACAACCUUUUUUAUUUUAUCUGAUGUUAAUUGGAAGAAACUGGCCAAAGAAAAUAUGUCAUAUCAGCUCCUGAAUUGAUGUUGCAGCAGUGAAUGUUUUUUAUUUACUGGAGCUUUAUCUUUAGCAAUAUAACUUAUCCAUUAAAACCCCAGCAUAAAAUAACGGUGCACUUUUUUACAAUUCCGAUUAUAUCUGACACUGAAGUAGAAUUAGAAAUAAUUUUUUUUAUUUUUUUGUAAUUUAACUCAAAUCAUGGUCUGCUGAGAUAUACCUGCUUUUGGCUGUGUUUAAAUACUUUGAGUUGUUUUGCACUUAAUUUAAAAAAAAAAAAUUAAUUUGUCAGCAGCUUUAAAGUUCAUUGAAGGACUGAAAACAUUUUUUGUUUUAAUGAAAUACAUGCAUUUAAUUAAAUUUGUUUGAGAGACCAAUUUUCCUAUUUCACCACAUUCUAAUCCUCCAAGGUAUGAGCUUUAUUUUUAAGGAGGGAUCAUUAUUUUGUGCCCCUAUUUUUAAAAAUGACUCAAUAAGAAAAAAAUAUUUUUAUCUUUUGUGAAAGUUUGAUUCUUUUCUUUGACAUGAAAAUAAAACAAAGCUGUGAUUGUUUAAUUUUACAAUUAAGAAAAAACAUGUUUUUAUAGAACCUGACAAUUGUAUUUUUUUUUUCAAGAAUAAAGUUCCUUUUUGUACUUUAGUUAUUUUGUGGAACCAGUAAACCCAGUAGGGUUUUAAAAAUGGGUGGUAGCCCAGGGCGGCAUGAGAAGAAACACAAGCACCAGAUAAAAACAUAUAAAAUAAAAUAUUAUCUGUAUGACAACCUGAUCAGAACCAUCCAUAUUUGUACAGUAAUACAUUCAGGUCCAUAAUCCAGUGAUAGAAAACACACACAAUGGAGUUUGAUUCUCUUGUAGUGUCUUUG